AUGCAGGUGACACUCUGCCGACUUCGGACUCACCAGUGGUGUUUCAUUCUCUUUAACGUCAUACUGUUUCAUGCAUUGCUUUUUGGAGCUGACUUUGUAGAAGAAUAUUUCUUACAUUCUUUGCCUCAUGUGGAUAUGAAAAUUCUCGACAUUAAGGACAAGGCAAGAAAGUUGAACCUGGAACCUUUAAGAGGUAAUCCCUCCAAGUAUUAUAUCCUAAACCAGCCGGAGGUCUGUAAUGGGAAAAGCAUCUUUCUGCUCUCUCUUAUCUUCAGUAGCCCAGGGAAUGGAACAAGACGGGACCUCAUCAGGAAAGCCUGGGGUAGUGUGACCACUGUCCAAGGCUACCCAAUUCUCACGCUGUUUGCUCUGGGAAUGCCAGCGUUGGUAACUACGCAGGAAGAGAUAGAGGCGGAGUCUCAGAAGAAUAAUGAUAUCAUUGAAGGGAUCUUCUUGGACAGUUCUGAAAACCAAACCCUGAAGAUCAUCUCAAUGACCCAGUGGGCUGUGGCCUUCUGUCCCAAUGCCCUGUUCAUACUCAAAGCUGACGAGGAGAUGUUUAUCAAUCUACCAGGCUUGGUAGACUAUCUUCUCAAUCUGAAAGGUCACCUGGAAGGUAUCUAUUUAGGAAGAGUUAUCCAUCAGGAUAUACCUAACAGAGACCCCCAUAGUCAAGAAUUUGUCUCUCUUAGUGAGUACCCCGAAAAAUACUACCCAGACUACUGCAGUGGUGAGGCCUUCAUAAUGUCCCAAGAUGUGGCUCGGAUGGUGUACGUGGUUUUGAAUGAAGCACCUAUUAUGGUGCCCGCCGAUGUAUUUGUAGGGAUCUGUGCUAAGUCCGUGGGCCUUAUACCCAUCCACAGUUCAAGGUUUUCUGGGGAAAGACACAUCGCCUAUAACAGAUGCUGCUACAAGUUCAUGUUUACAUCUGCAGAAGUUACAGAUGCUGAAACUUCCCUGGCAUGGAAAGAAGUGAGUGAUGGGAAAGAGUGUUCGCUGUUUGAGACUUAUUCCGGGCUCAUUUCCUGCAAGCUUCUGACAUACCUUGACAGCUUCAAGCAUUUUCACAUGGGGAGCGCAAAAGACCAUGCUGUGUAUUUUGGGGACUAG